CUGCCGAGCUCAGCCCCGAUAGAUGGAGACAGGCCCCGCCACCGCCGACGCCGAACCACGAGCGGGAGCUGCCCGACGCGAGGAGAGCCAGAGUCGGCGCCGAGACCCAGCCCGGCCCUGAGGAGAAUGUCCCAGAAAUCCUGGAUAGAAAAUACUUUCACCAAGAGGGAGUGUGUGUAUAUUAUACCAAGUUCAAAAGACCCCCACAGAUGCCUUCCAGGAUGUCAGAUUUGUCAGCAACUUGUCAGGUGCUGUUGUGGCCGCUUGGUCAGACAACAUGCUUGUUUUACUGCAAGUCUUGCUAUGAAAUACUCCGAUGUGAAGCUGGGUGAAAACUAUAAUCAGGAAAUAGAAGAAUGGUCAGUGGAAAAACAUACAGAACAGACCUCUACUGAUGCUUAUGGUGUCAUCAACUUUCAAGGUGGCUCUCAUUCUUACAGGGCUAAGUAUGUGCGAUUGUCAUAUGACACUAAGCCUGAAGCUAUUCUGCAACUUAUGCUUAAAGAAUGGCAGAUGGAGUUGCCGAAGCUUGUUAUAUCUGUACAUGGGGGCAUGCAGAAAUUUGAACUUCACCCACGCAUCAAGCAGUUGCUUGGCAAAGGUCUUAUUAAAGCUGCAGUAACAACAGGAGCCUGGAUUAUAACUGGAGGAGUGAACACAGGUGUUGCAAAACAUGUUGGUGAUGCUCUAAGAGAACAUGCUUCCAGAUCAUCUCGAAAGAUUUGCACUAUUGGGAUUGCUCCAUGGGGAGUGAUUGAAAACAGAAAUGACCUUGUUGGAAGAGAUGUGGUUGCUCCAUAUCAAACCUUGUUAAACCCAUUAAGUAAACUAAAUGUCCUAAAUAACCUCCAUUCCCAUUUCAUUCUGGUGGAUGAUGGAACAGUUGGAAAGUACGGAGCAGAAGUUAAAUUGCGGAGAGAGCUGGAAAAAACUAUUAAUUUGCAGCGGAUCCAUGCAAGAAUUGGCCAAGGUGUGCCUGUGGUGGCGCUUGUAUUUGAAGGUGGCCCCAAUGUCAUACUCACAGUUCUAGACUUCCUUCAAGAAAGUCCUCCUGUGCCGGUGGUAGUAUGUGAAGGAACUGGUAGAGCUGCAGACAUACUGGCGUAUGUUCACAAGCAAACAGAGGAGGGAGGGAAUGUUCCUGAGGGUGCUGAGCCUGAAAUAAUUUCAACUAUCAAAAAGACAUUUAAUUUCGGUCAAAGUGAAGCAGUUCAUUUGUUUCAGACGCUGCUGGAAUGCAUGAAAAAAAAAGAACUUAUUACAGUUUUUCAUAUUGGGUCAGAUGAACAUCAGGACAUUGAUGUUGCAAUACUUAGAGCAUUGUUAAAAGGCACAAACGCAUCUGCAUUUGACCAGCUUGUUCUUACACUUGCGUGGGAUAGAGUUGACAUAGCCAAAAAUCAUGUUUUUGUGUAUGGGCAACAAUGGCUGGUUGGCUCUCUGGAACAGGCUAUGUUAGAUGCCCUUGUGAUGGAUAGAGUUGCAUUUGUGAAACUUCUGAUUGAAAAUGGUGUAAGCAUGCACAAAUUUCUUACAAUUCCCAGGCUGGAAGAACUUUAUAACACAAAACAAGGCCCAACUAACCCAACACUCUUUCAUCUUGUUCGGGAUGUCAAACAGGGAAAUCUUCCUCCGGGAUAUAAAAUCAACCUGAUUGAUGUGGGGCUGGUUAUUGAAUAUCUGAUGGGAGGAACCUAUAGAUGCACCUAUACAAGAAAACGCUUUAGAGCUAUAUACAACAGUCUCAGUGGGAACAAUCGGCGAUCUGGGCGAAAUCCUUCAAAUACUACUCCUCAGAUGUGUAAAAGCCAUGAGUCUUUUGGUAACAGGGCAGACAAGAAAGAAAAAAUGCGCCAUAAUCACUUCAUCAAAACAGCACAGCCAUACAAACCAAAGAUUGACACUGGUGCAGAAGAGGGAAAAAAGAAAAGAACCAAAGAUGAAAUAGUAGACAUAGAUGAUCCUGAAACGAGACGUUUUGCUUAUCCUCUCAACGAGCUGUUACUUUGGGCGGUGUUAAUGAAGAGGCAGAAGAUGGCCCUCUUCUUCUGGCAGCAUGGGGAGGAGUCCAUGGCAAAAGCCUUAGUUGCUUGCAAAGUGUAUCGUUCAAUGGCAUAUGAAGCAAAACAAAGUGACCUUGUUGAUGAUACUUCAGAAGAACUGAAACAGUAUUCCAAUGAGUUUGGUCAACUGGCAGUCGAACUGUUAGAACAGUCCUUCCGACAAGAUGAAACUAUGGCAAUGAAAUUACUAACCUAUGAGCUUAAAAAUUGGAGCAACUCAACUUGUCUGAAGCUAGCAGUGUCAUCAAGGCUUCGUCCAUUUGUAGCACAUACUUGUACACAGAUGUUGUUAUCAGAUAUGUGGAUGGGAAGGCUGAACAUGAGGAAGAAUUCAUGGUACAAAGUGAUACUGAGUAUUUUACUCCCUCCUGCUAUACUGCUGUUGGAAUAUAAGACCAAGGCUGAAAUGUCACAUAUUCCUCAAUCUCAGGAUGCACAUCAAAUGGCGAUGGAUGACAGUGAAAACAACUUCCAGAAUGCAGUGGAUGAAAUACCUAUGGAGGUGUUUAAAGAAGUGAGGAUCUUGGACAGUACUUCAGAAAAGCAUGAUAUGGAGACUCCAACAAAACCUAAAAAACUUCCAAUUACGCAGAAAUUCUAUGCAUUUUAUCAUGCACCAAUAGUGAAGUUUUGGUUUAAUACGUUGGCAUACUUAGGAUUCCUCAUGCUCUACACAUUUGUGGUUCUUGUAAAAAUGGAAGAAUUACCAUCUGUUCAAGAGUGGAUUGUUAUUGCUUACAUUUUCACAUCAGCAAUUGAGAAAAUUCGUGAGAUCUUUAUGUCAGAGGCUGGGAAGAUUAACCAGAAGAUUAAAGUGUGGUUUAGUGAUUACUUCAAUAUCAGUGACACAGUUGCCAUUGUCACUUUCUUCAUCGGGUUUGCAUUAAGAUUUGGAGCAAAGGGGAAUUUUGGUGAAAACACUUACAAAGAAAAUUAUGUCUUUGUUGCUGGAAGAAUAACUUAUUGUCUCAAUAUAAUUUUUUGGUAUGUGCGAUUACUGGAUUUUCUAGCUGUAAAUCAACAGGCUGGCCCUUAUGUUAUGAUGAUUGGGAAAAUGGUGGCCAACAUGUUUUACAUUGUGGUGAUUAUGGCACUUGUACUACUUAGUUUUGGUGUUCCCAGGAAGGCAAUUUUGUAUCCUGAUGAGGCACCCUCUUGGACUCUUGCUAGAGAUAUUGUGUUUCAUCCAUACUGGAUGAUUUUUGGUGAAGUGUAUGCCUAUGAAAUUGAUGUAUGUGCAAAUAAUUCUGAUGAAAAAGUUGCUCAUCUCUGUGGCCCAGGAACGUGGUUGACCCCUUUUCUUCAAGCUGUCUACCUCUUUGUACAGUACAUAAUUAUGGUUAAUCUCCUUAUUGCAUUUUUCAACAACGUGUAUUUACAAGUCAAGGCAAUUUCAAACAUUGUGUGGAAGUAUCAACGAUAUCAUUUCAUUAUGGCCUACCAUGAAAAACCUGUUCUGCCUCCACCACUUAUUAUUCUUAGCCACAUGGCUUCACUGUUCUGUUGUCUAUGUAAAAGAAGAAAGACAGACAAGACUUCAGAUGGGCCAAAACUCUUCCUGACAGAGGAAGAUCAAAAAAAACUUCAUGAUUUUGAAGAGCUGUGUGUUGAGAUGUAUUUCAAUGAAAAGGAUGAUAAAUUUCAUUCUGGAAGCGAGGAGAGGAUUCGAGUCACAUUUGAACGGGUGGAACAAAUGUGCAUUCAAAUAAAGGAAGUUGGUGAUCGUGUCAACUACAUAAAACGGUCAUUACAGUCUUUAGAUUCACAGAUUGGCCACCUACAGGAUCUCUCUGCUCUAACUGUGGAUACUCUGAAAACACUGACUGCACAGAAAGCUUCAGAAGCCAGCAAGGUUCAUAAUGAAAUCACGCGGGAAUUGAGCAUUUCAAAACAUUUGGCACAAAACCUCAUUGAGGAUGGCUCUCUAAGAUCUUCUGUGUGGAAAAAGCACAGCAUUGGAAACGUCUUUGGUUCUUUUCCACAGGGAGGCCUUGAAAGUAAUAAUGCUUUACUCUGUAACAUUUCUAUACGUGAUGAAAAAGAAGUCCAACAUAAGACAACUGGUCAGGAGUUAGCUCCAGUUCCCCGAAGAGAAGAAAUAAACUUUCAAGAGGCAGGUUCCUCAGGCAGUGCCUUAUUUUCAAAUGCUGUUUCCCCUCCAGAACUUCGCCAACGAAUACAGGCUGCAGAGAUCUCAAAAUCUGUUAGUAAAAGUAAAAAAUUAGGCAAUUCAUCCAACAGCAUGCCACAUGUAACAUCCCCAACAGCUAAAUUUUUUGUUAGCACUCCAUCUCGGCCCAGUUGCAAAAGUCAGCUGGAUUCUUCAGCAAAGCAUGAAGAGACUGUUUUCUCUAAGGCUACAGAAGGAGAUAAUAAUGUAGAAUUUGGUGCAUUUGUGGAUGAACUUUCCAAAAGUGACCAUGUCCAUGCAAUGGAACUACAAAACCAAGAUAUAUGUUCUAACAUCCUUAUGGGAAUACUUCAUAAACUGUGGACCAAAUCUAAGCCACAAGGUCACAGAGACAGCAUGGAGUUACAGCGGUUUAAAGAGGCAGCAAGCAAAAUUAAAGAAAGAAGUCCUGAUAUUGAGGAGCAACAAGAAGACUUCAAAAAAGCUAUAUUGGAGGGCAUAGAAACAACCAGGCUUCAAGGUCUUCAAACUGACUGUGGUCUAAGGCAAUCUAGUUCUUGCAGUGGGUUUAAUGACCCUCUGGCAGUCCAUUCAGAGCAAUUAUACAGUAAGAGUAGAAGAGCAUCGAGUGAAGACACUCAGCAAGUAGACUCUAAAGCAGCCUUACUGACGGAUUGGUUACAAGGUAGACCUUCAAAUAGCAGUCAAAUGCCAUCUGAAGAAGAUGCAUUGAAUGGCAUUGCUUCUCCUUUCAAGCCUAUCAUGGAUAUAAAUUACUAUUACUCAGCUGUAGAAAGAAAUAACUUGAUGAGAUUAUCACAGAGCAUUCCAUUCACUCCUGUGCCUCCGAGAGGUGAACCAGUCACUGUGUAUCGCCUUGAAGAAAGUUCUCCCAGCAUCUUGAACAACAGCAUGAGUUCCUGGUCGCAGCUAGGACUCUGUGCUAAAAUUGAAUUUUUGAGUAAAGAGGAGAUGGGAGGAGGUUUACGUCGAGCUCUUAAAGUAGUAUGCACAUGGUCAGAAUAUGAUAUCCUGAAAUCAGGACAUCUUUAUAUCAUCAAGUCUUUUCUUCCUGAAGUUGUGAAUACGUGGUCAAGUAUUUAUAAGGAGGACACUGUGUUACACUUAUGCUUAAGAGAAAUUCAGCAGCAGAGGGCAGCACAGAAGCUCACCUUUGCUUUCAAUCAAAUGAAGCCCAAAUCCAUUCCAUACUCUCCAAGGUUCCUGGAAGUUUUCCUGUUAUAUUGCCACUCUGCUGGCCAGUGGUUUGCGGUUGAAGAGUGCAUGACUGGAGAGUUUAGAAAAUACAACAACAAUAACGGUGAUGAAAUAAUUCCAACUAACAUGCUAGAGGAGGUUAUGCUAGCUUUCAGCCAUUGGACAUAUGAGUAUACAAGAGGAGAAUUGUUGGUACUAGAUCUGCAAGGUGUUGGUGAAAAUUUGACAGAUCCCUCUGUGAUAAAAGCUGGAGAAAAAAGGUCAUAUGAUAUGGUGUUUGGUCCAGCCAAUUUGGGAGAGGAUGCAAUAAAAAACUUCAGAGCAAAGCAUCACUGUAAUUCCUGCUGCAGGAAGCUUAAACUUCCUGAUCUGAAGAGGAAUGAUUACACACCUGACAAGAUCAUAUUUCCUCAGGAUGAUUCCCCUGAAUUGACAAUUCAGCCUGGAAGCUGCACCAAAGAAUCUGAUUCAGCUAAUUCUAUUCGUCUGAUGCUCUAAUGAUGUGACCAAAUCAGUGGCUUCAUCAUGGAAUGUCGCUUAUCUUUCCUUCAGUAUAAUUAAAAGAAAGAUAUGUCGAAACAAGAUUUGCUGUCUAAGUGGAAUUUUGGCUGGUCCAUCAUCUAAGGACCUAACAACCUAUGAUAACCAUCUACAGAGAACAUCCUGGCGGCUGAUCAUUUUAAAGGUUGAAAAAUGACAUGUAUUUAAGAUAUGUUUCAAGGGGGCUUUUUAGCAGAAAGCUUUUUUUUUUUUUUCUUUUGGUUUAGUAGAGGAUUUUCUCUCUGUAGUCCUGUGGUGUGCAAUAUGCCUUCAACCAAAAGGAUUUUGGUAGUUGAUGUUUUAAGGUAAAGCAUUCAUCUGUUUGGCAGCUGUCUUAAUAUCAGUCAGCAAAAGACAGGAGAAAGCACCUACCUCUGUAAUGCCAGAGUAUACCUUGAGCAUUUUUGGAAGUGUUCCACUGAUGUUUUCUCACCAGAUGUCGUUUAAUCUGGCCUUUUGAAGAAGACAGAGCCAAAUGAGGUGCGUAUAUGAUGCCAGUAGGCUGAGGUUGAAGGUAGGAACUUGAUCUGUUCCAAUAAAGAAAGAGAGUCUCCUGAAUCAGGAUUCACCUUCAUGGCUGUAAAGCUGGUGGUUUUUGGUGGAAUAGAGCCCUAAUUGUGCAUAAUGAAAUUUCUUGUUUUAUACAUUUCAAUUUUAUCAAGUCACCAUCAAAUAGUAACAAAGCCAUGAUAGACCGGUAUAAUCAUAUUUAAUAGACGAAAUAGCGUGUACUGGUCCAAAUAAGUUGCCUUGUAAGAACACAAGUUGGAAGUGCUUUUCCUCGUAUGUAAUGACUGCUUCAGAAGUUACGCCUUCCAAAGAUCUCGUAAAACCAGUAUAUAAAAAAAGAAUGUACACAUAACUUUAAAUGUAUUUAAAAUUGUGUAGAAAACAUCUUUAAUGUUAUGUUAUUUGUGGUACUUAUUUAAGAGAGGCUAGGGUUGGAUUAGCAUUAUGUAAAGUACGGGAGAUUGCAAUGCACCUUCAUGCCAAUAAAAUGUAAUUUAACUGUCCCAAAUAUUGUUGAGCAUUCAGCAAGAAAAAACUCGUCCAACUGAAGUUUCAUGCUGCGAUAUUUUUUUUUUUGUUACAUAGGUACUAAUUUGUAAUUUUUAAUUAAAAGGGCAGUAUAUAGCUCUAUAAAUUUUUUUACUCAGUAGUGUAUCUUAUAGAUACAGACCUAAGGCACGAACACAAUAGCUGUUUAAAUGGUGUUUUAUGUUUGACAGGGAAAGGUAAAAUGUUAUAAGGAUAUAAUACUGUAUACAUUUUGUAUAUCAUUAAAUCUUUAAAGAAUCUAAAAUAAAUUUAUUCUUGUUUACAGA